AUGAAUAUAUAUAAUGGAGUCAUUGGUAUAACGACAGUCGUGUUUACAUUCUCGCAUGGUCGCACGCCUGACCAUGACUUUGAAAUAUAUUUUGCUUUUAUUGGCAUUGAUAAAAUAUGUGUGCCGGCGCAGUUUUUGAAGGCCUGUGAGGAGAUGCUCGAAGUACCAACUAAGAGCAAAGCAAUAUUAGAAUGUGUACCGGCUAGAGAUAGAAUGGAAUGUCUCUCAUUCGUUCAGCAACGCCAAGCUGACCUCGUGCCAGUAGACCCUGAAGACAUGUACGUAGCUUCGAAGAUACCGAACCAGGACUUCGUGGUGUUCCAGGAGUAUAGAACCGAUGAUGAACCAGAUGCGGAAUUCCGAUAUGAAGCAGUGAUAGUGGUUCAUAAAGACCUGCCAAUCAACAGUCUCGACCAGCUCAAGGGUUUGAAGUCCUGCCACACGGGAGUCAACAGAAACGUUGGCUACAAGAUUCCCUUGACGAUGUUAAUGAAGCGAGCUGUGUUCCCCAAAAUGACGGACCGCAGUAUAUCACCUAAGGAAAACGAACUUCGUGCUUUGUCAACUUUCUUCAAGAAAUCCUGCAUCGUCGGUCAAUGGUCACCAGAUCCGAAGACGAAUUCAGCUUGGAAGUCACAAUACAGCCAGCUCUGUUCCAUGUGUGAACACCCUGAGAAGUGUGACUAUCCCGACAACUACAGUGGCUAUGAAGGAGCCUUACGCUGCCUAGCACACAAUGGAGGAGAAGUAGCCUUCACUAAAGUCAUAUAUGUCAGGAAAUUCUUUGGGCUUCCCGUAGGAACAAUCCCAGCCAGCCAAUCAUCUGAAAACCCUGAUGAGUUCGCGUAUCUUUGUGUGGAUGGAUCUAAAGUAUCUGUUAGGGAAAAGCCAUGCUCUUGGGCCGCUAGACCUUGGCAAGGGUUACUUGGACAUAAUGAUGUUUUGGCGAAAUUAUCACCUUUGAGGGAAAAGAUUAAGCAACUGGCUGAUGCAGGAGCAAGCACUAAACCAGAUUGGUUUAUAAAUGUUCUGGGAUUGUCUGAGAAAAUACAUCACGUUGCGGAUAAUAUACCGAUCAAACCAGUUGACUAUUUGAGGAAAGCGAACUACACAGAAGUUAUUGAGAGGGGACAUGGCCCGCCUGAACCGGUCGUCAGAUUAUGUGUGACAUCAAACGUGGCGUUGUCAAAAUGCCGCGCGAUGUCAGUGUUCGCGUUCAGUCGGGACAUACGACCAGCCAUUGACUGUGUGAGAGAGACAGACGAACAAAAAUGUCUAAAGAGUGUUCAGGAUAAUGGAUCAGAUUUAGCGGCGGUGGAUGAUAUGAACGUCGCUUCCGCCUCAAAGAAAUACAACCUACAUCCGGUCUUCCAUGAAGUGUACGGUGAAGCGAAAACACCUAACUACGCCGUGGCGGUCGUCAAAAAGAACACGCCGUUCAAUAAUAUUGAUGAUUUGAGAGGAAAACGUUCGUGUCACAAUUCGUUCGGUACAUUCGCGGGCCUGGUCGGUCCUCUCUACUACCUCAUCAACAAAAACAAAAUAUCAUCGGAUCAAUGUAUUAAGAACUUCGCGAACUUCUUUUCGGGAUCCUGUCUCCCGGGAGUCGACAAACCCGAAAACAAUCCACGAGGCGAUGAUGUAUCAAAAUUGAAGAAACAGUGUUCUUCAAAUAAUAUGGAGAAUAACGCAUGGAAAUGCUUACAAGAAGACAGAGGGGAUGUUGCAUUUGUGUCAAGUGCAGAUUUAUCAAACUUUGAUUCCGCCGAGUAUGAACUUCUCUGUUUAAACCAGGGGCAUGGCCGAGAGAGUCUUUUGAAUUACACUACAUGUAAUAUUGUUAUGGCACCUUCUAGAAGCUGGUUGUCAGCCAAAGAUUUUCUAUCUGACGUCUCUAUAGCCCAUACUCCUUUGAGUUUGGCACAAUUAUUGGACACCAGAAGUGAUUUGUUCAAUAUUUACGGAGAAUUCCUUAAGAAUAACAAUGUCAUUUUUAAUAAUGCUGCCAAAGGUCUGGCGACAGUAGAGAAAGUGGACUUUGUAAAAUUCAAGACUAUCCAUGAUGUUAUGAACACAUGUGGAAUCGCUUAA